AUGCUGGCGUUCCUCGGUGCCGUCAUCUGCAUCAUCGCCAGCGUGCCCCUGGCGGCCAGCCGGGCGCGGGCGCUGCCCGGAGGCGCCGACAACGCCUCGGCCGCCUCGGGCGCCGCCGCCGCGUCCCCGGGCCCGCAGCGCAGCCUGAGCGCCCUGCACGGCGCGGGCAGCUCGGCCGGGCCCCCCGCGCUGCCCGGGGCGCCUGCGGCCAGCGCGCACCCGCUGCCGCCCGUGCCCCUCUUCAGCCGCUUCCUGUGCACGCCGCUGGCCGCCGCCUGCCCGUCGGGGGGCGAGCAGGGCGACGCGGCGCUGGGUGAGCGCGAGGAGCUGCUGCUCCUGCAGAGCACGGCCGACCAGCUGCGCCAGACUGCGCUGCAGCAGGAGGCGCGCAUCCGCGCGGACCAGGACACCAUCCGCGAGCUCACGGGCAAGCUGGGCCGCUGUGAGAGCGGCCUGCCGCGCGGCCUCCAGGACGCCGGGCCCCGCCGCGACACCAUGGCCGACGGGGCCUGGGACUCGCCCGCGCUCAUCCUCGAGCUGGAGGACGCCGUGCGCGCCCUCCGGGACCGCAUCGACCGCAUCGAGCAGCAGGAGCUCCCAGCCCGCGUGAACUUCUCAGCCGCCCCCGCCCCCGCCCCCGCGGUGCCCACCGCCCUGCACUCCAAGAUGGACGAGCUGGAGGGACAGCUGCUGGCCAAGGUGCUGGCCCUGGAGAAGGAGCGCACGGCCCUCAGUCACAACAGCCACCGGCAGCGGCAGGAGGUGGAGAAGGAGCUGGGCGUCCUGCAGGACCGCGUGGCUGAACUGGAGCAUGGGUCCUCAGCCUACAGCCCCCCUGACGCCUUCAAGAUCAGCAUCCCCAUUCGCAACAACUACAUGUACGCCCGCGUGCGGAAGGCGCUGCCCGAGCUCUACGCCUUCACCGUCUGCAUGUGGCUGCGGUCCCGGUCGGGAGGCACUGGCCAGGGCACCCCCUUCUCCUACUCAGUGCCGGGGCAGGCCAACGAGAUUGUGCUGCUGGAGGCAGGCCACGACCCCAUGGAGCUGCUGAUCAAUGACAAGGUGGCCCAGCUGCCCCUGAGCCUGAAGGACAACGGCUGGCACCACAUCUGCAUCGCCUGGACCACACGGGACGGCCUGUGGUCUGCCUACCAGGACGGGGAGCUGCGGGGCUCCGGCGAGAACCUGGCUGCCUGGCACCCCAUCAAGCCUCAUGGGAUCCUUAUUCUGGGCCAAGAGCAGGAUACGCUGGGAGGCCGGUUUGAUGCCACCCAGGCCUUUGUGGGUGACAUUGCCCAGUUUAACCUGUGGGACCACGCCCUGACACCUGCCCAGGUCCUGGGCAUUGCCAACUGUACUGGGCCGCUGCUGGGCAACGUCCUCCCCUGGGGAGACAAGCUGGUGGAGGCCUUUGGGGGUGCAACGAAGGCCGCCUUCGAUAUCUGCAAGGGGAGGGCCAAGGCGUGAGGGGCCACCUCUUCCAGGGCCCCUCCCUUGACUGCCAACCUGGGGACCUUACAGGAGUCGGGGCACAUCCCCCCUUAGCCUGCCACUCACUGGCCUCCCCCUGCUCCACUCCUGCCCACACCUCUCAUUUCCCCCACCUGCACCCACACCUCCAUGAUGGCCUGCCCUUGCGAUGGCUGUCUCUUGACCCCUCCUGGAUGGGGACAAGCAGCUCAAGUCAAUAGGCCAAGCCUGGGAGGGGUAGCAGCGCCCCUGGCUCUGUCCACUGUCCUGGCACUAAGCCCCAGCCACCUCUUGCCCCCACCAUGUCCCACCAACCACAUCUGAGUCCACCGCUGCCAACGGCAUGCCCUUGGGGUUGUGUGCGGGGGGGCGUGCCCACCAUCUCAGGGGCAGGGGAGGCCAUCCACCCCCUGCCCCCCGUGCCCCGGGCCUGGCCCCUUCCCCUUCAGGGCCACAGCAGGCUGUGGAGUCGUCCCUCCGGCUGAGAAGGGGAUGAUGGAGACAUGGGAGACGCAGACCCACCCCUCCUCCAUCUCUCUACCAGCUGACAGUCAAGGCCAUGGGGUCUUGAUGGACGCUCUCCCCGCACCCACACCCCCUCUCUUCCUCCUCCUCCCUCGUUUCUUCUUGUGCAGUGGAUUGAAUGUUGGUUCCAUGCCUGACCCAACCCCACCUCAGUUUCCAGGACAUUCUCUCCCCAGCUCUGGCCUGGAAGAUUAGGGACCAAGACCCCAGGAGGCCAAAGGCCCAUAGUCACCCCUGUGCCCAGCCACAGCUGUGUCCACUGCUGGCAUGGUCAUUUCUCCCGCUCUGUGGCCGGGACAGGGCCUGGGCCACUUUGGUCUGAGCGGGGAGCAGCAUGAGGCAGAGACACUGUCCCGGGGGACCCACGUCGUCUCCCCCACGGCAUGGCCCUGCAGCCUCUGAGGAAGGAAGGAAGUAGCUGCGUGAGCAGGGAGAGGCAUGGAGCGGUGUGCAGAGUGCUGGAUGGGAGGGAGCAGCCGUGGCUCCUAGCCAGCCCGGCCGUGUGGCCUUUUCUAAGUCCCUGCCCUCUCUGGGCUAGCCUUCCUCCUUUGCGAGCAAACGUGAGAUGGUCUGUGAUUUCAGGUGGACAGGAUGAGGCAAGCCUGAGAACUUUCCCCGUGACCGAAGGGCAUCACAGGGCAGGUCUUGGGACUGGGCAGCACAUGGGAUCUCACUAGGCGUGCGUCAGGGUCAGCAGCUGGCCCCAGAGAGUCAGCAGCCAGGGCCCGGGGCAAGACAGACCCACCUCAUGUGCAGAUUGUAAAAGUCCGCUCUUCUGGAUCCCCCAGCCUGGCACUCUUGCCUGUCUGAGUGUGUCUCAAUGGGCUGGUGGCUUCCGGGUCCCCACCUUGGGUUCUCACCAGCUUCCCCAAGAGAGUGGAAAAAUGUCAGAGCUGAGAGAGAUGCCCAGUCUGAUCCCUUACUUGUGCAGAUAGGGAGGAGCUCAGAGAGGGCAAGCGACUUGCACAGGAUCACCCAGCACCUCGGGGCAGAGCCAGGACUAGGACCCAGGGCUCUGACCGCUCCUCAGUGCUCUCCCCCGCACACCAUACUGCCUGCCCACACGGGACUGAGUCCAGCCUGCACCUACAGAGGGGACAUUUGAGAGAUCAGAAUGCUUUCCCACAUGACCACUGGGACAUCCUCUUUUAUGAAACACAUCUGGGCAUCCCCUGCCUCCUGGGAGGCGGGGUCCCGCUCACUUUGGCAGGAACGGAGAGCUGAGAACGCAGGUGUCCCUUCCCCGCCAGCCGCCUACCAGGUCUGGGCAACUGCAGGCUACCUGGCUCGAGUGGGCACUGUGCAUGUUGCCCCACUUUUUGUUGCUGGUCUCUGGCCCCCACUGCCGCUUAGCAGGAGGCCCAGUGUAAGAGCUGGGGCUGUGCAGGCUUUUCUGAGACUCUUGCCUCCAGCCCCCAGUUCCUUGUUUCUAUUUCAAGAGCGCAAAAGACCUUUCAGCACCUCGGGCCCAACUCCCCUUAGGAGAACCUAGGAGAAGGAGCCAUGGCUCGCUUCAGCCAGACCCUGCUGAGAUCUAGGUUGCCCUGGUAACAGCUAAUGACAUCAGCCUUAGUGCUGGGUCAAGUAUCUCGUAGUGACAUCUUCUGUUGCUGGGGUGAUGGCAGUAUUGGGAACUUAGAUUUCAGGGACACUGGACGCUGGGUUUUGUUGAGUUUCUAUUUUUGUCUUUUAAGGAAGCAGCUUUUGUGGAGGCCUUGGGGGGAAAGAAAGGGUCGUAGGAUAGAGGUGACAGAACGUGUGUGAUCACUUGAGCGCAUGCAGAGAACAUGCCAAGUCCUUUGUGCUUUGUCAUGGUCAUGAUGAGACACCUGAUGCACCCCGGUCACCCCUCUGGAGAGAACAGGAACAAACUGGAGGGGUUGGGGUACAGGCUCCGAGUCAGGGCCAUUGGCGAGUGGCCUGGAUCCCUAUUUCCAUUCCAGAAAAAUGAAAGCCCCAUAGACCCCGCCCCUUCCAACAUGGCCACUGCCUGCUGUUUGGGCUCUACCUUUGACCUCCAGCUGCUCCCAGGCACAGCCAAGGAGGCAGGGGAAGAGGACCUGUAAGUGGCUCACUUGUGUCCCCGAGCCGAGUUUGUUACAUCCUUUUCGAGUGUCAGGCACUGUGCUGAGCCCCUCAGGGCAUCAUCUCGUGUACCCUCACAGUGCUAGGACUAUUCUUAGCCCCAUCAAACACGUGAGGAAACUGGGGCACAGAGAGGCUAAGUAACCUGCCCAGUGUCCAUCAGAUAGCCCAGAGCUCAAACCAAAAGCAGGUUACACUGAGGGCCCCUCCUCAGCCCAGGGGGACAGUCGCUUGCACACCCUGUGGAGUGGGAUCGGGGCUUCGUUGCUCCUGGCGGGUUCGGCCUGAAGGGAUGUGCCCAACUCUUUCACCGUCGGAGUCUGAGGUGGAGGGACAGAGGCCCGGCGUGGGCCGGCCCCCGGGCCAGGGUCCCCCUCAGUGAGGCAGUGGGAGGGGUCUUAGUCCCUCCGAGGAACGCGCCUCCCUGCAGUGUGCCGGCCCCUCCUCUGCUGGCUGGAGAUUCCAGGAGAGCUGAAAGGCGGACUGUCUCCCAGGAGCCCCAGGCAGGGGAAGGAGGAAACAUUUCUCAGACCUCUGCUUUGGGCCAAGCCCUGCUCCAGGUGCUUCACAGCUCUUACCUGCCACACUUUCCCACCUUGGUGGCACGUUGUGCCCCCAGCCAACCUCCCCAGGGGACAGAGCACCUUGCCACAGCUGUGCAUGGCCUCGGUCUGCAGAUUGGAGAGAAGGGCUCUUAGAGGGAGUUGAAGCCCUCAUCUUACAGAUGAGGACACCAGGGCCCAAAGAGGGUGAGUGGCCCCAGGGCCACCCAGCCGGGACACCGGGACACCUGAGCCAGCUCUCUGACUGCGUUAAGUGCUCUCUGCACAGUGCGGUGGCCCUUCUCUCCCCAGAACUGGUUCCCCCUUUUCUGUCUCCCCGAACCCUUGCCCUGAACACACUGGGGAAGGAGCCCCCUCCCAGAGGUGGGAUCAUUUUCUUUACCUCCUUUGUCCCAGCUGCCAGCUACCCCAAGCCCUGCCUCCUCUGACUUAUGACCCCUGACCUCUGACCCUGCUGGGUAGAGAAAAGGCUCAUGUGGGCCCAGGCUGAGCAGUGAGCAAGCAUGUCAAGCUGUUGGACACUGUGAAAUUAGUGCACCCUACUGGUGACCCACCCCCUCCCGCCCUCCUGGCCCACUUUUGUACAUUAAGUGACAUGAGAUGCAACAUGUAUGUGUGUGUGUGUGUGUGUGUAUGAUAUAUCAUGGGUUUUGUUACUUUUAUGUUUUUGUAAAUUUGAAUGUUCCAAAUAAACAUGAUGUUUAACUCUGA